AUGUGUAUGGACUGGUUGAUGUCACUGGGCGUUACGUCAUGGCUACUUAGUCUGACCUGCCUGAUUGUGUUCUACAGGUUAUUGACCACUGACAGAAAGCCUCACAACCUUCCACCAACUCCUGCCGUCGCCUUGCCGUUUAUCGGACACUUGUACCUCCGACAAACUAACCCCAGACAACAAUUUCUUCACUACUCAAAAACAGUGGGUCCAGUUUUCAAGCUCAAAAUCGGAAACUGGACUACAGUUGUACUUAACACAUUUGACGUCAUCAAGGAAGCGUUGGUCAAGCAAGGUGACGUGUUCUCGCACCGUCCAGCAACGGAGUUCAUGCUCCGGCAUUUUCCCCACAUGCAGCACGGCAUCAUCCUGUCGUCAGGUCCAAUCUGGAGGCAACAAAGAACAACAUCCUUGACAAUCCUUAGAAGAUUCGGCAUGGGGAAAAAUAUUUUAGCAGAGAAGAUCGCGGACGAGGUAACCAUCUUUGUUAAGCAGCUCGCCUCCACCAAAGGAAAACCAACAAAUCUUAAAACCAUAACGAAUCUUAGUGUCUCCAAUGUCAUUUGCUCCAUGGUUUUUGGUCAAGGAUUUGAGUUUACUAAUAGCAAAUUUUCUAGACUAAUAGAACUGUAUGAUCAUUACAUGGAACAAGGAUCCGGAGAAACUGCUAUAGUUGUGAUGCCAUUUUUACGCCAUAUUCCCUUUGAUCCUUUUGGAUUUAGAAGUUUUGGAUCAUUACUAAUUGAAAUAAGAUCGAUAAUAAAAGAGUUCGUCCAAAAUGUAAAAGAUAAUAACAACGAUACUAAUGGAGAUAAUUUUAUUGCUGCUUAUAUUAAGGAGAUGAGGAAAGCUGAGGUAUUAGGUCAACAAACGUACCUAAAUGAAGACAAUCUGAUUGGGUGUAUUGACAACUUGAUUUUUGCUGGGACGGAGACCACUAGUACUACCAUUUUGUGGGGUUUGUUGUACGUCUUGCACCAUCCGGUCACACAGGACAAAAUAUAUCAGGAAAUUUUAGAACAAGUUGGAACCGAACGUGUACCGAACAUGCUGGAUAAACCAAGACUGAAAUACUUGAACGCUUUUAUCAUGGAGACUCAGAGAUUGGCCAGUCUAGUGCCGUUUUGUAUUCCUCACGUGUGUUGCCAGGAUACCGUUCUCAUGGGUUUCAACAUUCCUAAAGAUUCUCAGGUAAUUAUCAACCUCGACUCUGUUCUAAGAGAUGAAAAAAUCUGGGGAGAUCCUGAGAAUUCCCGACCUGAAAGAUUUCUGGACGAGCAAGGAAAUUUGAUAAAGAGAGAAGAGCUCAUACCGUUUUCUAUGGGUCGCAGAAUUUGUCUUGGGGAAUGCCUGGCUAAGAUGGAACUUUUCUUGUUCCUGUCGUCCAUGUUUCAGAGGUUCGAGUUCCUGCCUGUUGACCCAGAUCAUCUUCCUACUAUGAAAGAAGUUUUAGGCGGCACUGCCAGUCCUGCACCAUUUGAAAUUAGAUGUGUUAGGAGAAUCUAA